CAUCGUUUCAAUUCGCGUAGCAUUUCAAAACAGACAUUCUUCAUUUCUUGACAUCGCUCAUUUUUCAUGUGUUGGUGAAAAUGGAUUUUACCUCCGCUAGGUACACAUUGAGUGAUCAGAAUUCAAAAUACCAGGUUGGAAAUUAUUUUAGUUCGGAACAAGUUUGUGACAACACAAAUUUACCAUAUCCAAAAUACGGAAUAAACACCAUCAGUAGCAGUACCCAUGUCCGCUCGUUCCCAGAAUUCAGUAGCAACAUUGCUGACCACUCUUUCGGAUCAGAAUUGGACAAAGUUGUCAGUGAACAUUGCGACGACCUCGAAGAUGAUAUGGGCGAACCUGAGCCGUUGGUCAGUCACGAACAAAAACUAAAACGCCUUAAUCACGAUAUUCUGGAAAGGAAUUGUGAAAAAUCGAACAACGUCACAAACAAUGCAGGGCUACAAAUGGUGACGUCAGAAUGUGACAAAUACGUCAAUGAAAAUCUGAGACAUACGGACGAGCAAUCCGCGGUGAUGGAGGAGACUAAUUAUAUUGUAAAGCUGGAGAAAAUGUCUCCGGAUACCGGAAGUAAGGAUACGAACAAAGUCACAAGCUCCACGGAGAAAAAGAAACAUGAGUCCAAAAACAAGGACCAGGACCCUAAUAUCAAGCCGCCAUAUUCCUAUGUGGCCCUUAUUGCUAUGGCAAUAAAGGAAUCCGGCGAAAAAAGACUGACCCUUAGUGGAAUAUACCAGUUCAUCACCAACAAAUUCCCGUAUUACGAGAAAAAUAAAAAAGGUUGGCAAAACAGUAUCCGCCAUAACCUCAGUCUGAACGAGUGUUUUGUCAAGGUUCCCCGCGAGGGAGGUGGUGAGCGAAAAGGGAAUUAUUGGACCCUAGAUCCGGCUUUCGAAGAUAUGUUUGAAAAAGGCAACUACCGCCGCCGACGCCGGAUGAAGCGGCCGUAUCGUCCAGCUAUCGCGCUGUCUAAAUCUUUCUUCGGUGAUCCUACACACUGCGCGCUAGGGCAGUUCCCCUUCGCCAAGAACUAUUUCUCACCACCUCCAUAUUCACAGUACUCCCCUUACCACUCGUGGGCCCUCCCGGGGCACAGUCCCACCCCUGGGCCGGGAGCAGUGAACGUGAACUAUAACUCGUGUGGGCAGGGGCGUUCCAUGGGCGCUGGGUCCACCCUUGGAUCAUGUGGAUAUAGCUCUCUCAAUACAGGGUUUCAUCUGGGCGGAGGAACAGGAAGCGGGUAUCCUGGCCAGUUGGGGGAGUAUGGGGCUAUGGCGUCACCAGGGGCGCUCACAUUCUCGUGCAGACAACAGACGGAGCCGUUUAAUCCCGUACAUUAUGCGUACUGGUCGGAUAGGUGACGAUCAGAGACAUUCUAGGAUUUAGUUUUGUAAUGUUAUCCUGAUUAAUCAUAUUUAAUUUAUUGAACGUAACACGUGAUAAUCAGAAUUAGUGCACGAGAGUAAGGCGGUUGAGUAACCAAUGAGAAUGGUAAUAAGAGUCACAGAGAAAUUAGUAUUUAUACGGAUGUUGAUUUGAAUUUCUAUUUCUGAAAUUAUGACUGUGAUGCUGUGACUGAAACCAUUCGUAUGUGAGUAAUACGAAAAUGA